AUGCCACCUCCAGUAACAACAACAUCGGCUAAGUCGACUAGUGAUGAACAAAAUUCAAGUGAAAAUGGUUUAUCAACAGAUAAAAAUCUUUCAUUAACAAUAUCUCCAUUAAAUAAAAUUGAAAAAGUUGUUGUUCAUCCACUUGUACUUCUUAGUGUUGUUGAUCAUUUUAAUCGUAUGGGUAAAAUAGGAAAUUCACAACGUGUUGUAGGAGUAUUACUUGGUGCACUUAAAAAUAAAAUUCUUGAUGUUUCAAAUAGUUUCGCAUUACCAUUUGAUGAAGAAGAUAAAGAAAAAGAGGUUUGGUUUCUUGAUCAUGAAUAUUUGGAAAAUAUGUAUACUAUGUUUAGAAAAGUUAAUGCUCGUGAACGUAUUGUUGGAUGGUAUCAUACAGGUCCAAAAUUACAUCGAAAUGAUAUAUCAAUAAAUGAAUUAAUUCGAGAAUAUCAACCAGAUUCAGUUCUUAUUAUUAUUGAUGCUAAACCAAAAGAUUUAGGUUUACCAACAGAAGCUUAUAUUGCCGUUGAAGAAAUUCAUGAUGAUGGUAGUCCAGCAUCAAAAACAUUUGAACAUUUACCAUCAGAAAUUGGUGCAGAAGAAGCUGAAGAAGUUGGUGUUGAACAUCUUCUUCGUGAUAUUCGUAAUGCAACAGUUGGUACAUUAUCACAACGUAUAACAAAUCAAUUAAUGGGUCUCAAAGGUUUAACAAAAAGUUUAUAUGAUAUUCGAGCAUAUCUGGAUAAAUUGUUGGCAAAUAAAUUACCACUUAAUCAUCAAAUAUUAUCUCAUAUACAAGAUAUAUUUAAUUUAUUACCGGAUGUAACACAACAAGAUUUAAUAAAAUCAAUUUAUGUUAAAACAAAUGAUGAAAUGUUACUUGUUUAUCUUUCAUCAUUAAUACGUUCAAUAAUAGCAUUACAUAAUUUAAUUAUGAAUAAAAUUCAAAAUUCUGAUGCUGAAAAAGCAGAUAAUAUAUCAUCCAAUACAACGACAAGUACAACAACUGCUGCAGCUGCUGUUGCUGCUGAUAAGAAAACAGAAAAAGGAAGCGGUGAUAAACCGACAACAAAUGGCAACUCUAGUUAA